AUGGCCGAUCCCUCAUGCCCACAAUCACUCUCAGCUUUGAAUAAAUUCGCUUUCGAAAAAGUAAUAAACGAAGAUCCUUCCACCCAUUCUCUCAUUCUUUUGGGCACCCUUCCUGCAGGUCCACAGGAGGCGGAGGCCAGGGUCCGCGCAAUAGCGAGAAUAGAAAAGACCGCUCUUAGUAUUGAGGAUGCACCAAGACUUCUUGGGGAAAAGGGUAUGGUUAAUAGGGCUGAGCUGGGUGGGAGCACAGACAUUUAUACGUGGCUCUACGCUUGGCUCGGGGAAAACAGGGAAAGGGAUAUUAAAAUCAACGUUAUAUCUCCAGCUACAGAUGUGCACAUUAAGAAGUACACCAAACAACAACAAGUCAUGGUUCAUGAAACCCCCGAGAUAUAUGAAAAGUUUGUCAAGCCAUACAUUGCGUCCUUUCCAGCCUCACGUACACAAUGGGUGGAGAACAUAUUGACGGGCAUCUCUGAACAGGAUAAAAUAUUAUACUCUUCCUCUGAUUUUGUGAUUCUUCCUGACAUGAAGUGGGACCUGAAGACACUAACAUCCCUGUAUCUCAUGGCAAUUGUCAAGGACAAGACUAUCCGCAGCCUUCGUGAUCUUCGCCGAAGCCAUCUAGGUUUACUGAAAUCCAUACGAGAAGAGGCGUAUAAAAUCGUUCAAGGAAAAUGGGGUCUUGGCCGUGGCUCGCUCCGAAUUCACGUUCACUAUCAGCCUAGUUAUUAUCAUUUCCACGUUCAUAUCGUGAACGUUAAUCAUGUAGGGAGCAUGCUAGGGUUGACCGUUGGUCAGGCACACCUUCUGGAUGAUUUAAUAUCUAUGCUCGAGUUAGAUCCUAUUGAUGGCCCAGGCAUUUUUGAGAGGAUAACUCUGACAUAUGGGCUCGGCGAUCAGCACGGGUUGUUCCAAAUCAUGCAGAAGAACGCCCUCGCAUAG